AUGCCACAAACGGGAAUUCCACUAGCGAAUUCCGCUAAACCCCGACCAGGAAAUGUUUACAUCAUGGAUCCGCAAUUGGUGACGCGUGUCGAGAAGAUAUUGGCCGAUAACGACUACGUGACCGUGGAAGAAGUUGCGUUAAAGCUUCGCGAGGCGCAUCCGCGGGAUUAUCAGCGCAAGCCGCAAGGGCCGUUCUUAAAGAGCGUGACUAAAGCGGUGGAGGCGGCGCAGCAGCGGCUGGAGUCGGGAUUGAGCCGCGAGCAGGCGGAGUUUGAGGCGACCGUACGGGGGAAGAAGGCGGAAGGCGGACAGGCGGAAGUUGGAGGGGCGGAAGAUCAGCGCCUGUCGCAGCUGGAGCAGGCGCAUAUGCGGGCACGGGGGAUAGUGGAGGCGGAGGGGGAACACGAAGAAGAAGGGGAGGGGGAAAGGGAGGGAGAAGAGAAGGCGGAGGCGGAAGGGGAAGGUGAAGCGGGGGUCGAGGAAGGUGCAGGGAAAGAGAUUUCGCAGAUCACAGGGGAGAAAGCUGGGGGAAAGGGUUUAAAAGGGGUUGAGGGUUUAACGGGGUUGAGGGUUGGCCUGGGGGGAGGGCGCAAAAGGGGAGAAAUCGGGGAAAUGGGAGAUGCAGAGGUGGGGAGUGAGGCGGGAGAGAGUGUGGAAGGGGAGAAUGAGGCGAUGAGUGUGGAGUGGAGUGAGGGAGAGAAUGAGGAACCGAGUGAGGGAGAGAGUGAGGAGAGUAGUGGGGAGGCACCCGAGAGUCCUAAGGACAUAGGCACCCGCGGCUUUAAUCUUCUUAAUGCUGCUCUUAGGAAGACUUACGAUAAGGCAGGAACACCAGGAGCAGGAGCAGCAUUGGAGCAGCUUCAGCUGCAGCGGAAUCAGGGGCAGCAGCAGCAGCAGCAGCAGCAGCAGCAGCAGCAGCAGCAGGGGGAGAGGAGGGGCGUGAAGCGAAAGGAGAAGGAUGUGGUUGUAGCGGAUGCCACUAAACAGGGAGUGAUUAAGGCCAACACUGAUAUUGGAGUAAGAGCAGGAGCAGGGGUAGCAGCAGGAGCAGGAGCAGGAGCAGGAGAAGGGACGAUGUUGGCACAUGCCAUUGCACGGGAAGCAGGAGUGCCGUUCUUCAAAAUUGCUGCACCAGAGAUUGUCUCGGGCAUGUCAGGUGAAUCUGAGGCCAAGCUACGGUCCCUGUUCGCCUCUGCCGAGAGGGCUGCCCCAGCGAUUCUGUUUAUAGAUGAGAUCGAUGCCAUCACCCCCAAGCGGGAGACGGCUCAGCGGGAGAUGGAGAGGCGGAUUGUUGCGCAGCUGCUGACGUGUCUGGACGACCUCCAGUCAUCUCCUGACACGUCAGCAGGUGGAGAGGGGUUUGUUGGGGCGGAUCUUGCGGCUCUUGCGAAAGAAGCAGCGGCUAUUGCGGUGAAGAGGAUUUUUACGAGUAAGGAAGUGGUGCUGGUGGGUGGUGGGGGAUUGGGGGUUGCAGCAGGAACAGGAGUAGAUGGAGGAGGAAUGGAAGUGACAGGAGUAAGGGAAGGGGCAGAAGGUGUUUCAGCAGCAGCAACAGGAGAAGCAGCAGCAAUAGGUGGUGAUUGUAUGCUGGUGGAUGGAGAGGAAGGGGACGCGGAGAAAAAAGAAGGGGGAGUGGAGGAAGGGGACGGAAGGGAAAAGUUGGGCGAGGUUGGCGAGGAGGUGGGGAGGGAGAGAGGAGGGGGAGGGGAGGCGGAGAGGGGGAUAGCAGGAGGAGGGGGAGGGGAGGAUUGGAGGGAGCCGUGGAAGGAGGAGGAGCUGCUCGCAUUGAGCAUCACAAUGGAGGACUUUGAGGCAGCAGUGUCCAAGGUACAGCCGAGCGCCAAGAGGGAGGGAUUCACCACCAUCCCUGGGGUCACCUGGGACGACGUGGGGGCACUGGCAGACGUGAGAGAGGAGCUUGAGUUCUCCAUCUCUCGCCCCAUCAAGUACCCCGAGGAGUACGAGGCCAUGGGCCUCCGGGCAGCAACAGGCAUUCUCCUCUACGGCCCGCCAGGCUGCCAUGGGGCUCUGAGCAGCAAUGGGCAUUCUCCUCUACGCACCUCUGGGGCCAUGGGGCUCCGAGCAGCAACGGGCAUUCUCCUCUACGCACCUCUGGGGUGUGGCAAGGCGCUGGUGGUCAAGGCGAUUCUCCUCAUCUCUUUCACUCCCUCUCCUCUCCACCUGCCUUGCCUUGUCCCCCAGGCCAUGGGGCUCCGAGCAGCAACGGGCAUUCUCCUCUACGGCCCGCCAGGGUGCGGCAAGACGCUGGUGGCUAAGGCGAUCGCCAACGAUGCCGGGGCCAAUUUCAUCUCCAUCAAGGGUCCUGAGCUCCUGAAUAAGUAUGUGGGGGAGAGCGAGCGGUCGGUGCGGCAGCUGUUUGUGCGGGCAAGGGCGUCGUCGCCCUGUGUGCUCUUCUUUGAUGAGAUGGACGCCAUGGCUCCGAGGAGAGGGUCGGAUGGCAAUGGAGCAGCAGAGAGAGUGGUCAACCAGCUUUUAACGGAGAUGGAUGGGCUUGAGUCACGCAAGAGCGUCUACAUCAUCGCUGCCACCAACAG